AUGAAACCCAAACCUUCAAAGUCGGCUGGUCCCAAACCCAAAAAGACUCAGGUGAAGAAAAGUGAUGUUGGGGAGUCGAGUGCCACUUUGUCAGCUAAACUACGGGACAAGAAGGAUGCAAGGCUACGCAAAAAAGGUGUUGUUUUUUCUCCGUCUUCUCUUAAAUCUACAGGAAUCCAAAGGAAGAUUGUGCAUGGAAGCAUACUCCACUACAUCUACAAAAACACUUUGGGACAAAGUGUUCAUACCCAGAUGAGACAGUGUCUCCAGGAGCCUUUUGUCCGCUCACUCAAAUUGUACAGAUAUCACGCAUCAAAUGUUCCCUUCGAUCGCAGAAUCACCUGCCUGGAGUGGCAUCCCACUCAACCCAACACGCUGGCAGUGGGGUCCAAGGGUGGUGACAUCGAGUUGUGGGACUAUAAACUCCGCGACCAGAAAACUUUCAUCAAAGGGAUCGGCGCUGGUGGCUUCAUCGGGGGGAUAAAGUUUUGUCCCACGGAUGUAACCAGAGUGUAUGUAGUCUCUGGUGAAGGCACACUGACCAUGCAGAGCUUUGAGGGCCACACAGCCUCAGUUCUAUCACAAACUGAAGAUUGUGGCCAUGAUCACCACGACAGAUGUUUCUGGUACUGCUGUGUCGACGUGUCCAUUAGCCGACAGAUGGUUGUGACAGGAGACAAUGUUGGAAUGCUUCUGUUGACAGGUUUGGAUGGGCAAAAGAUUUUCAGUAAUAAAUUACACAAAGCCAAAGUGACCCACGCCGAGUUCAACCCACGCUGUGAUUGGCUACUUGCAACGGCGUCAGUGGACCACACGGUGAAGCUGUGGGACCUGAGAAACAUGAAGGACAAGAACAGCUUUCUUCAUAACAUGCCUCACGAGAAGGCCGUCAACUCAGCCUAUUUCCAUCCAGUCGAUUGCUCCAAGUUGCUAACCACUGACCAGUAUGACCAGAUCCGUGUGUAUUCAUCCUCUGAUUGGUCUAAACCACAGAACAUCAUCCGGCAUCCACACAGGCAAUUUCAGCACAUUACAUCAAUCAAGGCAACAUGGCAUCCUUUCCACGACCUCAUUGUUGUGGGUCGUUACCCUGACAAGAACUUUAGCAUUGGCGAUGAGAGAACUAUCGAUAUCUAUGAUUCCAACACAGCCGAGCUUGUGGGUCAGGUGCACGGUAUCGACGGAAUCAAAUCUAUCAACAAAUUUAAUCCAACGGGUGAUGUAAUUGCCUCUGGAAUGGGUUAUACAGUGGUCAUUUGGGACCAAGAUAAGUCAUUUCUCGAUGAUGAAUGUACGCCGGAAGAGGAAACGUCUACCUCGGCCAUUGGUCCAGCGCGGAGACCAGCCAGGAGAAGAACAGAUGGGGACCAAAGCAAGCUUAAGAAGAAGCUGGUUUCAGGGCAACAAUCGGAAACUAUGACCAAGACAAAACGCACAAGAAAGAAUUGA